AUGAUCAGCACAGGUGCUAUCGAAGAGGUGCCUAUCUUGUUGGCCAAACCUCAGACUUACAUGAACUUCAGCGGUGAAUCGGUUGCAUCUUUAGCUUCACACUAUCGAGUACCAUUGCGUCACAUUUUACUGAUUUACGAUGAGAUGGCUUUACCAAAUGGGGUUUUGAGACUUCAACCGAAAGGAGGUCAAGGCUAUCACAACGGAGUCAAGAGUGUAAUGGGGAAUUUGGAUGGUCGUCGAAACUUUCCUCGUCUAAGCAUAGGCAUUGGUAAACCACCAGGAAACAUGGAUAUGAAAGCUUUUCUUCUUCAGAAGUUUAGUCCAUGGGAACGGAAACAGAUCGAUGAAGCACUAGAACAAGGAAGUGAAGCAGUGAAGACUCUUGUGCUCAGUGGAUUCAGUCAAGGAAUCUCAAGAUUUAAUCUUGUGCAAAAAUAUAAAUUCCACAAAGUAUAAUAUGAGAUUACAAUGCAAAUUAACAGAUGAAGUUUGCUGCGAUUUACAAAAAGCUACAAAAGAAAGGUAGAAAGCUGUAGAGACUCAGAUUGCUUUAGCAUUUUCAUUUUUUUGUAAAACAGUAAGCAAAAAGUAUCUCUCUUGGUCAGUAUGAAUCUUAUAACCCUUAUGAAUGAUGCUGUUUUUAACCGAUCCAGUC